AUGCCUGUGGUCAAAGUGGAAAAAGAAUCUUCAGCAGACACCUCGACUGCCUCCGACCCUCCACCACAGACAGAGGAGCAGCCCAGAGGCAGGCGGAGAAAGAGACCUCUUCAGCGAGGAAAGCCUCCUUACAGCUACAUCGCACUCAUUUCCAUGGCCAUAGCCAACUCUUCUGAUCGCAAACUGACAUUGGGGGGCAUCUACAAAUUCAUCACAGAGCGCUUCCCCUUCUACAGAGACAAUUCAAAAAAAUGGCAGAAUUCCAUUCGCCAUAACUUGACUCUAAACGACUGCUUUAUCAAGAUCCCUCGAGAGCCAGGGCGGCCAGGAAAGGGUAACUACUGGGCACUGGACCCAAAUGCAGAAGACAUGUUUGAGAGCGGCAGCUUCUUGAGGCGAAGGAAGAGGUUUAAACGAUGUGACUUGAGCACCUAUGCCUCCUAUGUGCAUGAGACUCCAGUUUUCGCUCCUGUCCAGAUUGCCAGAUCAGCUGCAUAUACCAACUCAGUCUACCCCAACAUGACAGUCAGUCCAACCUAUGGACAGCAGCUGCCAUCUACCUACUACCCAUCCUCAUCGCCUCCUGGGUUUGGACCUGGUCAGACACGCAUGUUUAGCAUCAAUAAUCUCAUAGGACACCCAAAUCCAGCUAGCAUGCUGGGAGGUCAAACGUCAGAGGCAAAUCAGCAGCCCAGCCGCAACUACAGCCCUGAAGGCCUUCCGAACGGAGCCGGACAGUGCAGCCUGGCAGUCCCUGCUUUCCAGAGCCAACCAUGUGGAGGGGCUGUGCCGCCCCGCUCCUCUACACAUUCUGGGUUCACUUACUCUGGCCCAAACAGCCAUCCACACCACCAUGUCCACCAGAGCUCAUAUGGACAGGGCCCCACCCAGGGGUAUGCAGCGACAGGACGCCUCCAUGCCUCAGCCCAUGGGUCUGCAGAGGCCAUGAACCAUUAUGGCAGGGUCUCCCCUGUGCAGUUGGGUUCCUUCUCCCAGUAUAACAGUGCUGCAGGUCCUAUGGGUAACACUGGGGGUUACCUGAGACACCCCACGUACGCAGGGAAUAUGGAAAGGUUCGUCCCUGCUAUCUGA